CGUUUCGUCUUGUCUUGUCUGGCUCUGGUCUGGUAUCGCACGUCUCGUCUGCUCAGACUAAAAUAAAAAAAAAUUAAUUUAAGAAAAAAUAAAAGAAUAUUCAAUUUCUGUGUAAAUAGCAUUCGAUUUUCGUUUGAUUUUUCCCAGUGAAAAAGCUGAAAACCCAAAAUAAUAAUAAUAAUAACAACAAAAAGAAAAUAACAAAGCAAAAUGUUCGAUAUUCGUUGAGUUCCUAUAAAAAAAAUGGCUGAAAAAACACAACAACAAUAAAAACCAAUAUAAUAACAAAAAAUAAUAACAACUGCAGCGGGCAAAAGAUAACUACAACAACUACAACAAUUGCAAUAAUCAAAACAAAUAUAAAUCAACAAAUACAUCUUCACAAUCUUCACUCACUCACACACACAUACUACAUACAUGCUCGCAUGUAAACAAAUACUUAUGCAAAAAGUUUCAAAGAAAUAUAGCAAAGAAGGAGAGCAAAGCAAACAACAACAACCACACCAAGCAGCUGCCGAAAUAAUAGCGACUAGGAGAACAGUAACAACAACAAAAAGAAAAGCCAACAGUCAUAGACCACCACCAGACGAAUGCCCAUUAAAGCUGAUGAGAGUGUUGUUGAUGCCAAUGAUGUUGCCACCUAAUUUCGAAUCUUUCAACCCAGGAAAAUUGCCAUUUUGGUUGCCAGCUUAAGAGGAUAACAUCAGAUGAAAAAACAAUUUACAAUCACUCGUUUACACAUACAAACACACUGCUUGCGUGUGAUUCUACCAACAUCUUUUGACAUCAUCAUUAUCAUCAAAACUUCAAUGAAUCCAUGAAAACUAGCGAGCGAUUUCUUCAACUUCCUGUCAACUUCUGUGUUCUUCCGUUUUUGCAUUGACGUUGAAAUUCUCUGGUUUUUUUGAAAAAAAAAAUCAGUGUCUUCAAAACUUACGAAAAAUUGUUCCAGCCAGCACUGCACACACUCAUUGAAACAAUGAAAAAUAAAGCUCAACAUGAAAUAAAUCUUAACGUCUUCCAAGGAUAAUUAAAAUAAAACAACAACUAAAAAAUUAAACAAGGAUAAGAGAAAAUCACCACUACAAAAGACAACAAACAACCAUCACCAUCAACUAGAGCAACAACAUCCAUCUACUAUAACAAAAACAACGAGCCACAUUCAAAGAGCCUGUUUUGACAAGGCAUGUUUAUACCUGAUUCACUGCGUAGCUGUAUGAUCGAGACGGACGUUAAUUCCUACCUCCAAACCUCAUCCUCAGGACAGGUGCUGAACUUAUACGUGGAUGAGUUUCAUCCGUUCAUUGAAGCCCUGUUGCCGUAUGUCAAAUCAUUUUCGUAUUCAUGGUUCAAUUUGCAAGCAGCGAAGCGAAAAUACUACAAAAAGCAUGAGAAACGUAUGUCCCUGGAGGAGGAGAGACACUGCAAGGAUGAGUUACAGAACGAAAAAGCCGAAGUCAAACAGAAAUGGGCUUCCCGUUUGCUGGGCAAACUACGCAAAGACAUAACCCAAGAAUGUCGCGAAGAUUUCGUGCAAUCCAUAACGGGCAAACGCAAAUCGAUAUGUGUCCUGUCCAAUCCCGAUCAGAAGGGCAAAAUGCGACGCAUUGACUGUUUGCGUCAGGCGGACAAGGUAUGGCGUUUGGAUCUGGUUAUGGUCAUUCUGUUCAAGGCCAUACCGUUGGAGAGUACCGACGGCGAACGCUUGGAAAAGAGUCCCGAAUGUAUACACCCGGCAUUGUGCGUGAAUCCGUAUCACAUUAACGUCUCGGUGAGGGAAUUGGAUUUGUAUUUGGCCAAUUUCAUCAAUACCCAUGAUCCGCUGAGCAGUCCAUCGCCCACAUCGCCGCCACCGGGUACCCCCUCAACGCCAUCGUUGAUGCUGUACAGCAAUGAUGCCAACAGCACCAAUAACAAUAAUACCAACAGCAAUAACAACAACAACAACAGCAAUGCCCCUGACAAUAAGAAACGCCUUGAAGAUGAGCGCAAGAACAAAGACAACACACCAUUUGCAGGCUACAGCCACAAUCCCUACAAUGGUGUUGUGUGCAAUGAUAUAAUUUUGGCCACGGGUGUAUUCUCUUCCAAGGAACUUUGGAAGCUCUCAAAAGCUUCCAUUUUGGAAGAAACCACCAACGAUCUCAUCCAGGCUAGUUCAAUUAAAUUGGAGCAUCCGGCGGCCGCCUAUGAGUGCAACACAUAUCAGAUGUCGGCCUCAGCUGCCCCCCUGGGAUCGGUAGUGGGUGGGGUGAACAGUGCUGGCAUGGUGACCUCGGCCGAUGGUCGUUCGUCGGUCAGUGCUUCCAUGGUACUGCCCUCGGGUUAUAGCAUUGACUUUGUGGAUCCACGCAGCAGCAUGCAUCUUUCGAAUUCUUCCCUCCUAAGGGCCUCCUCGGCAGCCACCUGUAAGAGUGAUCCGAACGGUUCGCCCCAAGACGGAAGCAGUUUCUCUGUGAUAUUAAGGCAAAAUGAAGACAAUGGCAGUAAUGGUGGGGCGGGAACUUCCUCAGCCACCAAUGCCGAAGAUCCAGCUUUACAAAGAUACACCCCAACAAGCAAUCGGGUUUUGUUGAGCAUGGGCCAGAUGCGACCGGGAGAAGUUCUCAUGCAGCACAAUGUCAGCUCAUCCUUGGUGCCAAAUUCGGUUAGCCCGGCUCUGUACUAUCCCCAGCAAAAUAGUCCCGGCUCAAAUCCCAAUGAAUCGGCCGAAGAAGCUCAUCAUGCUGCCCAGCAACAGCAGCAGCAACAACAACAACACCACCAUCAUCAUCAUCAACAGCAGCAGCAACACCAUCAGCACCACCACCAGCAUCAACUGCAUCAGGCCUCAGCGACGCCCAAAUAUGCCACAGAAUUGGUACAGCACGGCCAGGAUAUGUCGGAAUUUGUGGCCUAUGUGUGCCAGGACACUGGGGGUAUACAUCCAGCCAAUGCUGGAGAUCCAUCCGAUCUACAUGUGCAUCACCAUCAAACGUCUUCCCAUUUUCAAUUGCAGCACGCUGCUGCCGCCGCUGCCGUGGGUCGUGGUCCCAAAAUAUCGGCCGUAUCGGCUGCCGCAGCUGCAGCUCACUACCAGCAGUACAGCACCAUGUUGCCGCCACCACCUCUGCCGCCCAUGGCCCGACCGGUAGCCAUCAUACGUUCUACGGGGGACUUGACAAUGGUGGCAUCGCCACCAACUUCAACCGCCAUAUCACCACCACCGCUGACGAGUGUAUCCUCGGCUGGUGAUUCGCCGCGUCAUCAUUCGCACAGUCAUCAGAGUUUGCAGCAUCAUCCACAUCACCACCAUCAUCAUCAUCACCAUGGUCAUGGUCAGCAGCAGCAGCAACAGCAACAUCAUCAACAGCAGCAGCAACAACACACAACCAUUGAUCACACCUCGAGCAGUGGUCUCACUUCAAUGUCUUCUAAACUUACCAACACAACCGCCUCCACGAGUUCCGCCCAAGACACAACGGCUUCCAACACCACCAUAACUGUGGGUAGCGCCACCACCAAUAAUUCUUCCGAUCUGGUGGUUGCCUCGACAGCAUCCGCCUCGCCGCCUCCAGCACCCACACAAUCACCGCACCCCCAUCACAUCAUUGAUGUGGCACGAUGUAAAACCUCGCCCACAUCGUCGGCAUCAGCUGUGGCGGUGUCAACGCCCACAUCAGCUCUGACACGCAUCUCGGCCCAGCCAUAUCCGAACACCAAUGGUCGUGAAUACUUUAAUCAUUUCCAUACGCAAACAACGCCGCUCUUGGGUUAUACAACCAUGUCUGGAGUUAUCAGUCCAACCAAUCUUAGCCUGUACUCAUCAACAACAGGCGUUUCAUCACAUCGCACAACACCGAGAUCACGUUGGAAUACAUCGUUCCUGUCUAUGGAGGAUGAUUUCAAUAUGAUGUCCCACACACUGACAAGCACAAAUCCGGAGGCAACACCGGUUAUUCUAAUGGAAGACUCUGGUCGUUAUAGCGAUGAAUAUGUAACGAGUCGCGACUACGUUACAUGAUUAUAAAUGCAACAAACGUUUUAUAUGCCCUACUAGAACUGCAAUCAACAGACAAAAACAACAACAACAACAACAAAACAAUAAUACUAACAACAAAAGAGAAACUGUAAGAAAAAUAAAAUACUAAAUUAUAUUAUAAUAAUUAUAAGUUAAAUUAGACUAUUUAUUAUUACUAUUACUAUUAUGAUAAAUUAUUUAGUUUUUAUAAAAGGAAAAUAUUUUUUUAGAAACCAGUUAAACGAUAACUGUUCGUUAAAGAUGAAAAAGAAAUAUAAAUGAAAAAGAAAAACAUGUUCAAAUGUUUAAAAACAUAAUAAAUAUAAAACUUAAAAAAGAAGGAAGAGCAUAACAACACAAAAGCCCAGGUAAAAAGUAAACUAGACAAAGGAGAAAGUAGGGAAAGUUCAAAAAAAAAUAAGUGAAUUAAAAAUUCAAAAAUUUAAAUUUGCAAUUGGGAAUUCUUAGAGAAUCCUCUUCGCAGAAGUUGUGAGGCUCUAGCAUUUGUUGUUAUCAGCAAUGUCCGAUGUCCAAAGUGAAAUUUCAUGAUAACUAAUG